AAUAAUAAUAAUAAUAACAAUAAUUAUAAUGAUGAUGAUAAUAAUAAUCAUAAUAAUAAUAAUAAUAAUAAUAAUAAUAAUAAUAAUAAUAAUAAUAAUAAUAAUAAUAAUAAAAAUAAUAAUAAUAAUAAUAAUAAAAACAACAAUAAUGAUAACAAUCAUAAUAACAAUCAUAAUAAUAAUAGUAAUAAUAAUAAUAAUAAUAAUAAUAAUAAUAAUAAUAACAACAACAACAACAACAACAACAACAAUAACAAUCACAAUAAUAAUAAUAAUAGUAAUAAUAAUAAUAAUAAUAAUAAUAAUAAUAAUAAUAAUAAUAAUAAUAAUAAUAAUAAUAACAAUAACAACAGUAACAAUAAUAAUAACAAUAAUAAUAACAAUAACAAUAACAAUAAUAAUAAUAACAACAAUAAUAAUAAUAAUAAUAAUAAUAAUAAUAAUAAUAAUAAUAAUAAUAAUAAUAAUAAUAAUAUUAAUAUUGAUAAUAAUAAUAAUAAUAAUAAUAAUAAUAAUAAUAAUAAUAAUAAUAAUAAUAAUAUUAAUAAUAAUAAUAAUAAUAAUAAUAAUAAUAAUAAUAAUAAUAAUAACUAUAAUAACUAUAAUAAUAAUAAUAAUAAUAAUAAUAAUAAUAAUAAUAAUAAUAAUAAUAAUAAUAAUAGUAAUAAUAAUAAUAAGAAUUAUAGUUAUAAUAAUAAUAGAUUUAAUAAUAAUAAUAAUAAUAAUAAUAAUAAUAAUAAUAAAAAUAAUAAUAAUAAUAAUUUUUGUAAUAAUAAUAAUAAUAAUAAUAAUAAUAAUAAUAAUAACAACAACAACAACAACAAAACCAACAAUAACAAUCACAAUAAUAAUAAUAAUAGUAAUAAUAAUAAUAAUAAUAAUAAUAAUAAUAAUAAUAAUAAUAUUAAUAAUAAUAAUAAUAACAAUAAC